AUGCCGGGACUGGAGCCUGGAGUCUCCCUGCUGCUGCUGCCUUUUCUUCUGACACAUUGUGGCAGCAGCAUCACACCCAGAAUCUCUUUCCCGCUCGGCAGUAGCAGCCGUGGGUUGACAUGGUUCCACCUCCAGAAUGUGCGGAACUACAGCACUCUGCUGCUGAGCCCAGACCAGCGCACACUCUAUGCAGGGGCGCAGGACGCUGUCUUAGAGCUGGAUGUGAGCCCGAAAGACAGCAUCCAACUCAUUCGAAAGCUGGAGUGGAGCCCCACGAAGAAGGACACGGAGCAGUGUUCCAUGAAAGGCAAGAAAGUGGUGAGCAUGUUUGUGCACAGACUUGUUCUGGUGUUUGGACCACCUCUGCUCUCCUCCUCUCUGACCUCCUCUGACCUCCUCUCUCCCCAUAUGUGA